ACACUCAGAAAACCACUUAGAAUCUCCUUGUCUUCACACUUUGUUUAUUUCCAAGUUAUCUAUUUCUGAUGAUGAUGAUAGUUUAAUAUUGGUAGCAAAUUAUUGUUAUUAUUAUUGACAGUUUUAUUAUAAGUUGUAAUUUGUUAGCAAAUACUAUUACUAUAAUAAACCCAUGAAUCUGAAUAGUCUAUAUGUGUUUUAUUUGGUGUUAUUAUUGUUGUUUGGAUCAUCAUCAUCAUCAAGUGACAGCUUUGAAAUAACAAAAGUGGUGGGUAAUAAUAAUGAUAAUCCCUCAAUACAAGCGCCGGCUAGACGCUCUCUCCUAUCUUCUCUCCCAGAUAAACUUGACACCGCCCUUGUUGCUACAUUAGAUGGUAAAAUCAGUUUGGUUUAUCGUGAUUCUGGGAGGAUUAUUUGGUCAUUUGCAUCAGGGUCGCCAAUUUAUUCUUCAUACCAGGCUCCUCUCAACCAUGAUGCCGAAAAGGAAAAUGCAUCUACACCUGGAGGUGGUUAUUACAUAGACUGCGGGGAAGAUUGGAUGUUGGUUGCACACUUUGAUUGUCGAAAUAAGUUAACUACUUGUCACCCACGGAGUUUGAAUAGAACUAUUGAGGAAUUCAUCAGAGUCAUGCCACAUGUAUCAGAGGAUGGAGGAGUCAUGCUUGGGUCCAAAAAGACUAGUGCAUUUGUGGUUGAUGCUAUUACUGGAAGGUUGAUACGAGCUCACUAUAGCUCGCCUGAUACAAGACACACAUCAUCAACAGAUGAAGCUUCAGAUUCCAUCAUCCAAAAAGCCAUCUUGAAACAGGAAAAAUCUAGUGUGGUAGACAAGAAGCCUUAUAGGCAGCUCUCUUUCACAAGGACAGAUUAUCUAUUGACAUCAUUUGCUCCAAAUUCCAACAAAGUUUUGUGGAAUGUGACAGUAGCAGACUUUAAUGUCGCUUUGCUUUGUCAAGAAAAUCCAAAUUCAGUCACGGGACCAUCUAUGUCUCUGCAUAACGAUGUUUAUGAUGGCAGUUUUAAUAUGCCUUUGUCGUGCCAGUCAAAAACUAUUGUCCAUCGUCUACGUACUUCUCUUAUAUUAGAUUCCAUUCAAUUGCACGGUAAGCAUGCAGAACAUAGAGUUCCAUUGCAACUACUUCCCGCGAAAGAUCUUUCACCACCUAGUUCUGACAAUGCUCAACAAAAUACCCGUGAGAAUGAUUAUGAGAAGGUUUCUUUGACUGGCAAAGAGCAGGAUCUUAAAACCCUUUCAUCAAGAGACGCAAGAAAGUCCAAUUAUAGAGCAAGUGUACUUGCUGAAAGGCAAAUAGCUUUCUUCAUAAUCUUGGCUCUAAUUAUUGCUAUUGUCUUUCUUAUGUAUCGCCACCAUACUUUGAAGUCCUCUAUGCUGAACAAGCAGCCUGUUGUGGUAAAUGCAAAAUCAUCUUCUAGACGGAGAAGGCAUCGCAAAUCAGUAAAGAGUUUUGGUAACGAGGAUGGAAAUGUUGAGGUAGAUAGUGAACGAAGCUCGCUAAAUUUUAAUCAUAUUGACGAAGUUGACAUGGAAGGGCGAUCCAUAGGUAAACUAUUUGUGUCAAGCAAAGAAAUUGCAAAGGGGAGUAAUGGCACUAUUGUUCUUGAAGGAAUAUAUGAAGGUCGUAAGGUAGCUGUGAAACGCCUUGUUAGAGCCCAUCAUGAUAUUGCUUUCAAAGAAAUUCAGAAUCUUAUUGCUUCUGACCAACAUCCAAAUAUUGUUCGUUGGUACGGAGUGGAAUAUGAUCAUGACUUUGUUUAUCUUUCAUUAGAGCGUUGUGCUUGUAGUCUUUACGAUCUUAUUCAGAUGUACUCAGAGUCUUUUCAGAGACUUGGACACAGAGACACCCAAGUGAUGAUCGGUGUCAUGCAUGGCAUUUAUUUAUGGAGGCCAAAUGGCUAUCCUUCCCCUAUCUUACUAAAACUGAUGAGAGAUAUAGUCUCUGGGCUUGUACAUUUGCAUGAUCUUGGGAUCAUUCAUCGGGAUUUGAAGCCUCACAAUGUGUUGAUAGUUAGAGAAAGAACCCUAUGUGGGAAACUUUCUGAUAUGGGCAUUAGCAAGCGACUUGUUGGGGACAUGUCAUCACUUGGACAUCAUGCUACUGGUUCUGGAAGUUCAGGAUGGCAAGCACCUGAACAACUUCUUCUUGGACGGCAAACACGCGCCGUAGAUUUGUUUAGUUUAGGUUGUGUCCUCUUUUAUUGCAUCACAUGUGGCAGACAUCCCUUUGGUGACCAUCUCGAACGUGAUGUCAAUGUGGCCAAGAAUCAAAUGAAUCUCUUCUUGGUAGAGCACAUUCCCGAAGCCAUGGAUCUGUUUUCUCAAUUGUUAAACCCAAAUGCUGAACUCAGACCAAAGGCGUUAGAGGUGCUACAUCAUCCUCUGUUUUGGAACUCUGAGAUGCGAAUGUCUUUUCUGCGGGACACAAGUGAUAGGGUAGAAUUGGAAGACAGGGAAGUUGAUUCCAUUAUUCUAGGAGCGUUGGAAAGUAAAGCUCCACUGGCUUUGGGCGGAAAAUGGGACGAAAAAAUGGAACCUGCAUUUCUUAAUAACAUUGGACGGUACAGACGUUACAAUUAUAAUGGUGUCAGAGACUUGCUUCGUGUUAUUCGAAACAAACUAAAUCAUUACAGAGAACUACCCAAGGAAAUAAAGGAUUUGCUGGGAUCAGUACCAGACGGCUUCAAUGACUAUUUUGCAAGUAGGUUUCCCAAACUCCUAAUCGAGGUAUACAAUGUGAUGUACUAUUACUGCAAGGAAGAAGAAUGGUUCAGUAAGUACUUAGAAAUAUAAUGUAUUACAACAGGUCGUACGUUAACUUUCUCUCUGUAAUUCCCGCUAUAGGCUCUUCAUAUAUAUUUACCUAGUGAUGUGCUGAUGUAAAUAUGAUCUGUAAUCAUAAUGCAAUGUAUGAUACACAUUGGUAUUAAUGUUUAUAAAUCUGUGUUUCAAUCUUA